GAGCAACAUAUUCCACCAUGAAUAUUGUCAUGCCAUCAGAAAAACUUUCUGAUCGGACCAUCUCCGUGGUUGGUUUUUCCGGGGUGAAACAAACUCUGCCUAUUUCCACACCUCUGCACACUGUUGUGGGCAGACAACGAGUGUCACAUCCUUUUGUGUGUUCCCCCUCAUCUCCCGUGAAUUUAUUAGGGAGAGAUUUGUUGAUUGCUCUGGGGGCCACUAUUUUGUGCGGACCUGAUGGACUACUUGUCACUUUUCCUGAUGGAUCUUCCCAUGCCUGCACUGAAGUAUAUACGCAUGGACAAUUUUUGCUCCAACAAUCCGAGGAGCACCUAGCUGAUAUAUACUGGGGUCUUUUACAGCCAGAAUCGACGGACCAUGCUGGGAUUCUGUCCUGUUUUCUGCUUUGGAAACCCUGGAUCCAAGCGCUGGCACCGUAUGGGUCUGCUCCUGAUUUUCCUCAUGUCACUUUGUUUUAUGACCGAGACCAGACUGAAUGGUACCAGGAGCAGUUUGAGGCGAAUUUAGCCGGUAAUGAUUGGACUGUGUUUUCACAGGACAUUUAUGUGGCACCGGAGGGUGUUGCUGCUGCAGUUAAUCUGACUCAGGAUCAGUUGUUUUGGUAUAAGAUGCAUGAUGAAGCAGUUCCACAUAUUUCUUUGGCUCUCCAUCCUGGCCAUCAGGCCAUGGAGUUAGGGGGCGUCGUAAAACGCUCCCUUGCAGCUUCUGACUGGCAGAAUACCGUUGCUCCUGACCUCUUUUUCUCUCCUUCUACAAACACAUACAAAAUAAAGUGUUCGGCUGUGGACUCUGUGGUUUUGGAACAUGUUCAACUUCCUAGACACCAUGGUAGGGAGCUGACUGAUCAUCCAACUGCGGCUGCGAUGUUGGCUUCUCUCCCGGAGUGUUUAUGGGCUACGGGUCCCACUGAUGUGGGGCUUGUUGAUGUCACGCCUGUCACGUUUGAUUUACAACCGGGCCCUCCGAUUUGGAGGUCACAAUAUCCUCAUAAGCGGGCGGCAGAGGAGGGAAUUGCAGAAACUAUUGGGGGUCUUCUGGAAGCAGGUGUGUUAGAAUCUUCCACCUCUUCCUGGAACACUCCUAUUUUACCAGUGGAAAAAAAGGGGACAGGUAAAUACCGAAUGGCACAUGACCUUAGGGCGAUUAAUUCUGUUUUAUUGACCCCUACGGUGCCAUGUACCUAAUCCGCAUGUUGCAUUGACUAAC